AUGGGCGAAUAUCCGAAGGGCGUGGAAUUCACAGAGUCACUUCACACUAGUAUGGUUCAAAGUGUCAUCAGCAGAAAACUUGCACCAGAUACUUUGGUACACAGCUAUAAGAGUUUCAAUGGAUUUGUGGCGAGGCUAACCAAAGAAGAAUCAGAAAGAAUGAGAGGAAUGGAUGAGGUGGUUUCUGUUAUUCCAAAUAGAAUUCACAGUAUCCAAACAACAAGGUCCUGGAACUUCAUUGGCUUCCCUGAAAAUGUCCAAAGAACAAAGGUAGAAAGGGGAUAUGCGAUCAACAUAUUCCCCAAUUAUUUUGAAGAUAUAUAUGCAAUAGGAGCCUUCCAUGCAAUGAAGAGAGGCAUAUUAACUUCUGCAGCUGCAGGCAAUUUUGGUCCAGAUCUUUGCAGAAUGUCAAAUCUUGCACCGUGGUUCAUUUCCGUGGCUGCUUCCACUACAGACAGAAAGUUUUUAACCAAUCUCCAACUCGGCAAUGGCCGAAUCUUCCAUCCUGAUAUAGCAGCUCCAGGAGUUGAAAUUCUGGCUGCAUGGUCUCCGAUUUCUCCUAUUUCUGAACUUAAAGGAGACAGAAGAGUAUCAAAUUUGAAUAUAAUAUCUGGAACUUCAAUGGCAUGCCCUCAUGUUACUGCAGCAGCUGCUUACGUCAAAUCAUUUCAUCCCAACUGGUCUCCUGCUGCAAUCAAAUCCGCGUUGAUGACAACUGCUACUGCUAUGAAUUCUGCACUUAAUGAAGAGGCUGAAUUUGCUUACGGUGCGGGGCAAAUAAAUCCUUUGAAGGCAGUAAAUCCUGGACUGGUUUACGAUGCUGGUGAAUCUGAUUAUAUUAGUUUUCUGUGUGGACAAGGUUACAAUUCAUCAUCGCUGCAAAAAAUUACAGAUGAUAACAGCACAUGCACAUCAGCAAAUAAAGGGUCUGUUUUCAACCUUAAUCUCCCAUCUUUUGCUCUAUCAACCGAUGGCUCAAGCUACAACAAUGUCACUUUUGGUAGAACUGUCACAAAUGUUGGAUCAGCUACAUCCAAAUAUAGGGCCACAAUAACUGCACAUCCAUCCUCGUUAAAUGUCCAAGUACUGCCAAAUGUUUUGGCCUUCUCGUCAUUGGGUCAGAGGCUGUCUUUUACCCUUAAUAUUAAAGGAAGCAUUAAUGUGGGCUUGGUUUCUUUUUCUUUGAUUUGGGACGAUGGCACUUUUAAGGCAAGGAGCCCCGUUGUUGUUUAUGUUUCAUAA